AUGGCAGCGCUCCGGAUGCACAGUCAGCCACAACACACACCGUCCAAUCAACCUCAAAGUGCCGCUUUUCGCCGGUCGAAUUCAUUGACGAUAAACUCCAAUAAUCGCUCCAAUUCCUUGCGUUCCUACACCUACAAUCCCAAACCCUCGUACGUGGCGGGACAGCCUGUGAACAGAGGACAGCCUUUGAGGAGCCCUGCGCAGCCUCGUUCGUAUUCACUUACUUCUCAGCCAGGCCGUUCGUAUGGCUCGCAGCGGGUCAGCUCAAUAAACUCUCGUACACCAAUGCCUAUCAAUGAGCUUGAAGAAGACGCUGAAUUGGAGGAUGCGGUUAUAACCAUGCAGACAACGAAAAUGGUGGAUGCUCAGGGCAGGUUAACGCUGAUCACCACCAAGACCAUCAAGACUUAUGCUGAUGGUUCUAAGGAGAUCGAGACCACAAAGAGAAAUAUUUCUCGUAGCGGCUCGCGGACCAAUUCUUUGACGGCUGCUCCUCGCAACAACUCAAUUUUAUCAGCUGGUGGAACCGCCUACAAUUUAUCCAAGAUAGAUGAGGACUUGAGAGAUUUUGACUACAACUAUGAGGAAGAGGGUCUUACCCUUAAUCAAGGUCUAGGAGAACCUUUGAAAUCAUUAGAUCUGGCAUCGAAGAUACCACCUCGUGACCAUUCGGCCGAACGUCGGAGGGAUGAACUUCGGUCCUUGGAGUCCUCACCUUCAAAACCCCUUCGUUCCAUUUUGAAAAAUACCCUGAGACCAAAUUUUUCUCCAGAAGGCGAGUCGCUGGAAAAUGUAGAAGAACCAGCUGGUCCUGCUAUCGCUGCGGAUCCUCUGACGCCAAACAUGUCACCCACGUUGAACCAGAAACCUUUUCAACCUCCCUCACUUUCCCAACCUCCCAAGAUUAAAGUGCCUGCUACUCCAGAUGCCUCUCAUCUGGAUCAUCGUUCCCUCCUGAGCAGCCAAGUAUCCCCAUCGGCUUACUCUUCGAGCCAUAGAGAUUAUACACCCCCUCAUAAGCGUCAAUCAAGCUCACCAAAUUCCUCAAUUAAAUUCGUGAGCAAGGUAGAGACGAUACCCAUCCCGCGGUCCGAACCCAAGCAAUUGACAGAGCAGGAGCUUUACGCGAAAGCAAUGGAGGUUGCCAUGCAAAAUGUGUACGGCACAAAGGAGGACCCCGAGGCAUCGGGCAUAGACUCGAAAGGUGACGUCAAAAAACUGGUUGUGAAAGACGCAACGAAGAGGAACACGAUUGCUGCAUCAACUCCUGGUGUCAGCGAUAACUAUGUGUAUCAGAACCAUCACAAGGAAUUUCCAGCACACUCGAUGAGAAGCGGUGACACCAAACUGACAUCUCGAAAGGAGAGAGUCAAGGAAGAGAAAAAGAGAAUCAAGGCUCAGGAGAAGGAAGAAAAGCAACAAAAGAAGUUGGAAGAAAAGGAAAAGAAAGAGGAAGAGAAGGAAUUUACCAAGAAACCACAAGAGGUGGAAAAGGAAAAGAAGAAACAGGAAAAGAAACCUUUAAGAGAAUUCUUCUUCGGUAGACGCAAGAGCGCUUCUCAUGAAGUAAAUCAGACAACUCCACUUCCGCAGGCGCUGGAAGAUCCUGUAAAAACCACUACCGAAGCUGAUACAAAUGCUGGUAAUACGUCGCAUUUGCUUCCUGGCUCUUUCUUAACGUCUCCUGAUUCUGAAACUCUGCCACAAUUUGUCAACCACGACGCUCAAGAUCGCGCUGCUUCUUUAGUGGAAACAAUGCCAGAGUCGAUUCCUGACACUGAACCAUUGCCUGCACCAACAACCCACCUUGUCGCUGAGCCCUUGCCCAAACAGAGUGAGACGUCGCAGGACGACGUUAUUGCGUCCACCACUGCUUCAACAAGAAAAUUGAAUGAUCCAUCUGAACCCACUGAAAACUUAAAUUCAGCACCCCAGGACAUUUUGGUUGACGUUCCUUCCAUUGAAGAACAAGCUGUCGACCUUCCUUCGCCCGAAGGUGAUACAGAACUGAUAGAAGUACCUGUUUUGAAUGAGGUUGCUAGUCUUAGUUCACAGGAUGAAGACGAACUCGUAGACGAGACAGCCACCGCAAGAACAUCCUUGGAUCCUUGGGUUGGAUCUGGCUCACUUCCUCUGCACACGUUCAUCUCAAAAGUUCAAGGCACAUCAGAGGAGACUUUUGAAAAGGAACCGAAUGAACAAGACAAAUCACCUGUCGUUAUUGAGAAUUUAGCUGCCAGCAGCCCUUCUGAAGCGAAUCAAGAAAAUGAGAAGCUUUUGAUACCCGAAACUGUACCUUUGUCUGCAGAUGAACAUAGUGAGAAAGUUUUUGACAAUCUCGAAAUUGAACCCCACGAGUCUAUUGAGGCAGAUGCUGGAGAACCAGCAGCACCUAUUCCUACCACUAGAACCUCAGAAAGCGUCGAAAGGUAUAACGAUGACUCAAUGGUGGCACAUAGUUCAGAAAGUGGAGUCACAGCAAAACCUGAGCUUUUAACUAGAACUUCAGCAGAGGUCAUACCAGCUCCAAUUGCUGCUACAAGGACGCCAGAAGAACCUGCAGAACCGGUACAUACUGUUCUCACUUCGGAAGAAACUAUAUCAAGUCAUCAUGGUUUGAAUGAGGAAAGCUUAGACAAAUUCGGACCAGGUCUUCAAGAACAGACUAACGGCACUUUGGAUAAUGAUUCGAGUAAUCCAAUAGUUGAGACCCACCAGCCGGGUGAUGAAAAUGAGAAAGUGUCAAGUCCGUCUAUCGAAGUCAACUCUCGUGGUGAACGCAAGAAGAAGAACAAAUUUAAACAUAAAUUGUUCAAAUACUUUAUCAACUCUUACGAUAAGUGA